ACAGAAAGCAUUCAGUAAAAGUGUUGUCUACGAGUCUCCGGAUAACAGUGAAGGAAGCAUGAACAGUGAAGAAAAACGAUUGUUUGAGGAACUUCAAAGAGAACUGGUGGAUCUAAGAGACGAAUGCUUGGUAAGGAAGAGGAGUAUAUUCAACAGCUCGCUGCCACAGAAGCCCAUGCUGCACACUGGGAAUCUCAAGCCAAACAACAACAACAACAAUAUUCUGAAGAAUUAAAAGGGAAACAUUUGGAAAACAAUCUGCAUAAAGCACAACAACAGGCUUGUAUCCAAGUGAUUUCUCAAGAUCUGGACAAUGCCAGGAGAACUGCUGAUGACCUCCAGAAACUACUUGAUGAACGCCAGAAACAAUUGCAGUCAGAACUGGAAAAUGCUAACAUGUCAGAACAAAUGAUUGCUGGUCAAGAAGAAGAACUGAGCCAUCUGUAUAACAUUCUGGAACAACAGCGAGAUGAGAUCAGUAACUUGAAUGGUGCCUUGGAUCAACUUUACGGCCAAAACCCAGACGCAAGAGGGUCAUCUUAUGAUGCAGAAGUGAACAGACUCCGUGAUGAAGUUAACUCUUUGAGAGAGACACUAGCCAUGCAAUCUUCUUAUAUGGAAAAUAUGCCCAAAUUUUCAACAGGUACCUCAACAGAUCCCCAUCUACCUCAGACACAACCCACUUUACCACAAGUCAGCAACGCUCAAUAUAUCUCUGAUGACCCUGGUCAUUUUAAUGGAUUUCAAGCUUUUCCAAGUGACAAUGACUACCAGAUAUCACCUUCACCAUUCAAUCAGACUGCUGCUCCACAAGUGCCUCUAGAACUAUCACCAACUCUUCAACAAGUCUCUCCUCCUAAAAACGUAUAUAUCCAACCUCAACCUGUCUCAGUAAACAGUAAAGAUAGAAGAAUGGAUAUGGCUUACAUACCUUCAAAACAGCCAUCAAACUUUGGCAGUAUAUUGGUGCAACCAGACCAUGUAGGGAGUGAGUCAGUGCAGCAAUUCACCAAUGAAGCAGAACAGUAUGAUGCACCUGAUCACCCAGUACCAGAGAAAUCAACAACAGUACAUUUGACCCCUCAUGCAAACAGAAAUUUAGAUAUUGCUCCUCAAAACCCCUUUCAUGCUGAUAUUAUUUCAUCUGGUAAUUCACCCACUUGGCAGGGUGUAACUACAAAGUUUCCUUCUAAUGUUGUAACUUCAUCUCCUAAAAUUAUACAACCAUUUCAGACACAGCCAAUAUUAUAUGUGGCUUCACCUGAAAAGGCAGACCAUAGGAAUCACACUCAGGCAGGGGCUAUUACACAGAAAAUUUCCUCACAACCUGUGAAGAAUUCAUGUUUAUUAACUCCUGGCGUUGAAGAACAUUUAAUACAACCUGAAAACUCAAUGUAUCCAGUAAAUCCCACUGGAAGUCACUAUCAAAAUUAUAAUCCUCUGAAAACAGUAUCUUUCAAACAACCAUUUGUUCAGUCUACUUCAGAAAGCCAUGAUACUGCAGAUUCAAAUUUAACAGGAACCCUUCUGCCUAGACGCCCUAUUAGGUUUACUUCAGGAUCACAAUACAGGGAGCCAUAUAGACACUCAGUAAAUCAUCAACCACAGCAACUAUAUACUGUUACAAACCAUCAACCACAGCAGUUAUAUACUGAAAUAGAACAGCAACCACAACAACUAUAUUCUACAACAAACCAAAGACAGCAACUGUUUAAUUCCACAAACUAUCAAACACAGCAGCCUCAACCGCUAUAUAAUACAAGCCAUCAACCACAACAGGUACAUAACACUGCAAGCCAUCAACCACAGCAACCAUAUACUGCAUCAAACCAUCAACCUCAACAGUUACAUGCUGUAUCAAGCUAUCAGCCUCAGCAGAUAUUUACAACAGCAAACAAUGAACCACAGAAAUUAUACAGUGUACAAGCACCAAUCCACCCUCAAGCACCACCUGAUGUCCAGACACAUAUGCAUCCAAGUGGAAACAUACAGUACCACACAGCAAUUCCUGGCCCCCCAGUGGCUUCAAGUUCUCCGGUCAACCUGCACACAAAAGAUUAUGGAAGGCAACAUGGGAAACAAUUUAGUCCAAUAAAGACUGUUUUGGAAUCAAAUGUGCAACCUACUUUUCCUUCUAGAACAUGCUACCAUCCAGAACAUGAGGGAAUGUUCUGUAAUAUUCCAGAACACAGCAAUUUGGAACAUCUAGUCGACAAACUACAACGGAAGCUGGCUCGAUGGAAAUCGAGGUUUCAAUACCAGAUGCAGAGGGAAGAAGCUGAUACUUUACAGAAAAAGAGCAAGUUGAUGUACAAACUGAAAGAACAGCUGGAGGAACGGCGGAAUGAGCUGGAAGCUUUGGACUUGGCAAUAGAACGUCAAAAGAGGAAUCAGGAGAAGAUGAUGAAGGAGGAGAGACAGCUGAUGCGUGACCAUAAAGUGGCUAAGGAAGAACUGUUACGUCUACAACAGGCUUCGUCGCAGAACAGGAAACGGAAACACAUCCCCAACAAUUAUAUAGAAACUGAUAGUUCAUCUGACUCCAGUUUUGAAGACCGAGAAUCUUAUAAGAAACAGCUGAAACUUCAAGAUGAACUCAAAUGCUUGGAAAAGACUCUGUUUAAACGACAGGCCCAGCUAAAGGAUGCAGACGCACAACUCAAAGAAUACAAACAGAAUUUAAAUGAGGCAAAAUUACAGGCUGAAGAAACAGUUAGAAAACAUGACAGUGCUUCUUCCUCUUUGCACACUGUCAGGAAAGAGACUCGAGAACUGGAAGAACGUGCAAACAAGGCAGGGCUACAAGUUAUCACAGAAUCCGGGAACCUGAAGAGGAUUAAGACAGAAUACAAAGAGAUGCAGCAGAAAAAAAGCACAUUGGAGAAAGUACUGGCAGAUAUAAAUGUGAUCAUUAGUGAAAAAGAUAUGGAAUUUCGAAAGCUUGAUAGUAAAAUCCAAACCUCAAAUCAAAGGCUACAAUUGGUGCAGAGAGAGCUGACAGUGACCUCUGAAGCAGAGAGAGAAGCUACAAAGUCUUUGAUAAAUUCUAAAGAAACAUUAGAAAAGACAAAAUUGGAGAUCAGCAAAUUAAGAGAACAGGAUACACUUUGCUUUUCAUCCUUCUGUGGUCAAGAAAAUGGUGAAAUCCUGGCCUUGCAAGUAAAAGACUUAAAUAAGCAUGUGUGUCAAAAACAGAAAGAACUAUCAAACAUACAAGAGGACCUGGGAAGGAAGAAGUCAGACAUUGACAAUUUAUUGAGGGAAGCACAAACGGCAGUUGUAUUAAAACAGAGAGAGCUAAAGGCAUGUCAUGAAAAGCUUGUUAAACUUGAGGGCUGCCAUCUUGAACUUGCAACAGUUACUCGAAACAAAAAAGGGGAACUUGAAGAAGUGACAAAGGAAUUGGAAAAGCAGCGCCAAGCUGCUAGUAUUCUUAAUGAAAAUAUUAAUGAAGAAAAGCAAAAUCUUCAGACCGCUAUUGACCAACGCAAGAUUGUUCAAGCCAAUACUGAUGCUCUGAAGAAUCAAAUGGAACAGAAAUAUGCUGAACUAGAAAAAACAUUCAAGCAUUUAUCAGAGGAAAAACUUAAUCUGAGCAAUCUUGUGAAAGAAACAGACCAUCAUAAGAAAGAACUGAAGCUUCUACAACAGUCUGUGAUAGAGGAACGUAGCUGUUCGGAUAAGUUGAUAGUAGAAAGAAGCAAUUUGCAAGAGAAGGUUUCAAGUCUGUCUAGAGAACAUAACCAAUUAGUGAAGGACCACAGUGAAUUUGAUACAAAGUUAAAUGAAGCUAAAACGGAACUCUGCAAUGUUGAAACUACCAUAAAGGAGAAAACCAGUCAUCUAAACUCCUUACGAGAUGAUAUCCAGCAUGAAGAAGACUACAUUAGUCAAUGUCAGAGUAAGAAAACAAUGUUAGAAACAGAACUGGAAUCUCUUCAAGAAAAUAUCUCAGAACGGCAGAAGGAAUUAAACAUGAUAGAAAAAUCACUCCAAGAUGCUGAGAUUCAAAUGUCAAAUUCUAAAGAGAAAUCUGAACAGAUCAAUUCAGCAAAUAUUGAUUCCCAGGUGAUUCUUGACCAUUUAACCUCUGAGAUUAAACAACAAAGAAUUCUUCGUUGUAAUCAACAAAAUCAGGUCAAAGUGUUGCAGAAACAGCUGGAACAAUUGACUUACUCUUUUGAGGAGAAGACUACGGAAAUGGAAAAAAUUUCUAUGAUCAAUUCUGAAGCAAGAGAGAAGUUAGACUCCGUAAUGAGUGAAAUAAAGGAGGCAGAGAACCAACUACAGGAACUCAGGAAUAAAAUUGGAAUCUUUCAAAAACACUCAACUGAAAUCAAAGAUGUUGAACAACUGAAAAAUGAGUUGAAAAUUGAUGUAAAACUUUUGAAUGAACAAAAAUCUUCUCUAGAAUUACAUCUCAAUGAACUCAAGAAAGAUAUUACUCGGCAACUGUUUCUGGAACACCAACCAGAGAAAGAGAAUCUUGGGAACAUAAUACGUUACAAUGAUGAGGAAUGGCGCCGUGAGGCCCUGAAAGAGAAACUCAUAGAAGAACAGGAUCAUGUUAGGAUGCAAUUACAACAAAAGAUGCACCACCAUUUUGAUGUGCUUGAUUCAACAAAGCAGCAGUCAGAAGGAGUCCUCAACAAAUUGAAACAUAAGUUGAACAUUCUUCAAGAUGUUUUCAUCUCCAACAAAGGCCCAUGACAAAAGGCACUACCAACUCAGUUUCAUUUUUUUUUUAUAGAAUUUCGAAUAGCUGUCUACUCCAAGAAAGACUUUCAUCUAUGAUGGAUGUUCACCAGUUUUUUUUUUGUUUCGUUUCGUUUUUCGUUUUUUAUUUUUUUAUGGGGUUGGAAAUGUGAUUCAGUUGUUUUUUAUGAUAUUAUCACUCUUGGAGUUUCAGAAUAUGAUUCUUUCAUAUCCAGUUCCUAUACCAAAAUAAUGGUGCAGAGAUUAGGAAAAAAAAAACCGAAAAAGACUCUACAAUAUUUUGUAUUUUAUGUUUUGUGAAAAAUGUAUGCCAUUUGAGACAUACCUACACAAGUAUGCCUCCCUCGACUUUGUUUCCUCAUGACAUAGACAAAAAUAGGUAUUUUUCUAUGAAAUUUUUUUCAAAUACUUCUCAGACAAUGUAUGUUGCGUGCAUCAGUAUGUAUGUGUGUGCACCCAUCAGUUUUUUUCAUGUGAAAUUCUGAUUAAUCAUAAUCUACACUGUUUGAAAGAUAUUGUCAGCUUGUGUGAAUUUGACUGAGACUCCUCUUCCCACCACCCUUCUGAAAACAUUUUUCUACCACAAAUUCAGAUAUAAUUGGAAUCUACACCAUCUGAAAGAUAUUUGUAGUAACUCACUUAAAGAAACCUGUUUUUUCAAAAAUUAUGAGGAAACAAAUUUUUUUUUUUUUGAGGUGGGACAUACAGGUAUAGGUAUACUCCAUUUGGUCCUGGUACAAGUAUACCAGUGUUAGAAAACCAAUGAGCCAAAUUUCCUUCAAAUUAUACCCUAGCAUCUUAAAAUUUAGUCCUACUCUCCAAAAAGAUGGGAUGGUUAUGGCUGGAGUGCCUUUUAUCUUAGCACUGAUCAAUCACAAGACCGUGACCAAAUCAUCACCACUAUUGACAUGAACAAUAUCGAAGGUCUUUCAUUUUAGGUAUUUUUGCUUCAUCGUUUAGAUGGUCUGUGAGUGCAGUUUGUGAGUGUAUUAUCUGAGUGUGGUCUGUGAGUAUGGGCCAUCAAUGUCAUCCAUGAGUAUGGUCUGUGAGUAUAGCCUUGGACUAUGGUCUGAUAAUUUGGCCUAUGAGCAUUGUAUGUGAGUGUGGUCUGUGAGCAAAGUCUGUCAAUGUGAUCCACAAACAUGGUCUGUGAGUGUGGUCCAUGAGUGUAGUCUUGUGUGUGGUGUGUGUUAGCUAUGAUAAUGUGAACCAAUCUAGCUCCUGCUCUUUGUAAUUUGUUUUAGAGAUUGAAGACCAGGCUGGAUUAGCCUAAUCCAUGGUGGGACAAAUCCUUGUAGACAUGUAAGAGGUGGCACAGUUUGCUACUACAGAAAACUUCAGCCCAGCAGUUGAUGAUACAACAUUCAUAUAUUAAUACAAUUGCUCCACCUACCAGUGAUUUAGUUCAGACUGAAAUGUCAUUCCUGUUGCACUCAUGCUGAUAGUCCCAGUUAAUUAAUUUCUAAUGAACGGAAUACUUCUGGUACUAAUUAAUUCUCAAUGAAUUGAAACAUGUUCAGUGAGAUGGUUGCUGUUAUGAUAUUGAUGAAAAUAUGCAGUUUGAAAGUAGUCUGCCCUCCAAAAUAUAAACGUAUAAAUGGAAGACACUGCCUUGAUUCUUUAUCCUCCAGUAUGGAUGUGUAAUUUAGUAAGAGAAUAACACUGCUAAUUCUUCUUCUCCGACAUGCCUGAUUAAUAUUUUGAGAAAAUAAUGACUUUUUUUUACUUCAUCCUCCAACAUGUCUGCUUGUGGUGGAUGAAUGACAUUGCCAUGUUGCUCUGCCCUCCCGUAUGUUCCUUUCCUAUAGUGGAGGAACAAUAUUAUUAACUCUUUUUUUCAUUCUUUCCCACUCUUUUAGUAUAUCCAUUUAAUCUAGUGGAGGAACAAUACUGCUUCCUGCCCUCAUACUCCAGUACGUUUGCUUCAUCUAUUGAAACAGCUUGAAAAAAA